AUCAAGAAAUUGUUUAAAAGUGUGGCAACUUGGCAGAAAGGUCACCAGGACAAUGUAAACCUUGUGUGUUUCCAAUGGAGGAGGCAACAGUUAGAAGCACAAUGAAAACAGGGGCUGAAAACUCGCAGAAGAAAGUCCGGUUUCGUGUGGCUUCAGCUCACAGUGGGAGAAUAAUAAAGGAGGUCUUCACUGAGGAAAGGCCGUCAGACUCACCUGAUUCAGAAUGUGCCAGUAGCUCAAAGGCAGACCAGUUUAGUAACCAAAGCAAAGUCAAUGGGCAUCACAAUGGACAUCCAGGAUCGCAGCUCGAUGACGGUGAAAGUGAGACAGACGAUUUGCUUCUGCUUGCUGGAGCAUUGAAGGACAAGGCCUUUGGUGCAAAACGAGUCAACAUAUUAAGUAAAAAUGGGACAGUUCGUGGUGUGAAACACAAAGUUAGCGCAGGUCAAGCACUUUUCAACAACCUCUCAAAUGUCUCUCAGGUUUCCCUCUGCACUACAGAAAGAAAAACAUUGAGAAGUACCUAGAAUCUGCUUCAAGGAUCAACUUUGGCCCUGGGGCUCCCUUGAGUCAAUACGAUCAAUUGGACUAUUAAAGAUAUAUACCACAGUAUCACAGUACGGAGACUCUUUGACCCUGUGAACCUUUAAUACUGUACAUAAUCCUUUAUACUUCAAUAUAAUGUAUGCUUUAGGUAAUCAUGGUGAUACUUUACAGCUAAAUGGAUGUGUACAUUCUGUAUGAAUUCUUACAAAUUUAUAAUUUUAAUAUAUUUAUAUUGUAAGGUUUUUUAAGGCUACUCUAA